AUGGCAACCAUCUUCCUGUCCCAGUUGACACUGGGAAUCCUUGGAAACUCUGUCCUGCUUUAUCACUUCAUCCGUGCUGACUUUAUUGGAGACAGGGCGAAGCCCACAGAUCUUAUUGUCAAGCACCUGACAUGGGCCAACCUCAUAGUUAUUCUUUUUAAAGGAAUUCCUCAGACAAUCAUGGCUUUUGGUCUGAUUAGUUUUCUAGAUGAUAUUUUUUGUAAAGUUGUCUCUUAUUUUAAUAGAAUUGCCAGGGGAGUAUCUCUUAGUUCUACAUCACUUUUGAGUGUCAUUCAGGCCAUAACAAUCAGUCCUAGUAAUUCAAGGUUGGUACAGCUCAAGGUGAGAGCCUUCAAGGUCAUUGGGCCAGCUCUGGGCCUGUGCUGGGCCCUGCACAUGCUGGUGAAUUUCUUCAUUCCUAUGAAGGUGACUAACAUCCUGGAUGCCAGAAAUCAUACUAGGUUUGCAGAUUCUGUAAAUUGUGCUGUUGUAGGGCCUCCUAGUCAAAUCCAAAUAGUUUAUUCAGUCUUGUUGUCUUCCAUUGAUGUUAUAUGUUUAGGAUUCAUAAUGUGGGCCAGUGGCUUCAUGGUACUUAUGUUAUGGAAGCAUAAGCAGAGGGUCCAGCACAUUCACAGCGCCCUGUGUCCAAGUUCAUCCCCUGAGACCAGAGCCACACAGAGCAUCCUUGCCCUAGUGAGCAGCUUUGUGCUCUUUUAUGUAACCUCAGUCAUCUUAAAUCUGUGUUUUCCUUACUUUCAUAUUGCCAGUAAAUGGCUGAUCAAUGCAAAUGGAGCAAUGACUGCAUGUUUCCCAGCCUUCUGUCCCUUUCUACUCAUCAGACAGUAUGCCACUGUUCCUAUGUUCUGCUGUAAAAGUAAGGCAAAUCAUGGACCUUGUUUAAACAGAGAGCUCUAA